GUCAACUACCGCGUACGAGCCACCCGAUUCAGUAACAAUCCCGUUUGCGGAACGACUCGGUCGGUCGGACGGUCGGUCCGUCGAUCGGUCGGUCCACUAGUAUACUCAUUAAUCGUUUGUAUUUACUCAUUCGAGUUCAAAACGAAUGUAAUAGAUCGGUGCACUAGAAAAAUCUGUGAAACGAUUGAACAGCCUGAAGAGGAGAAACGCGAUCGAGUAAACAACAGUGGUGAAACGACAACGAACAGUAAAAUUUAGUCUGACCGCGAUGAACGUUUUAGAAGGGACACAUUGGUCCCGGAACCAUCGCGAUGAUCGAAGAGAGAAACAGACGCAUUGUUCGAUCGGUGUCACACUUUCGUGGCGAGAUCUGUCGGUUUACGCGAUGGACCGAGGCAGGAGGAACGUAUCCAAGCAACUUGUCAAUAAUGUGCGCGGCGCAGCAAAACCCGGCGAUCUGACAGCUAUAAUUGGCGCAAGCGGAGCUGGUAAAAGUUCACUAAUGACGGCAUUGGCUUUUCGAAAUGGUCCCGAACUUUUGGUUCACGGCGACAUCCGCGCGAAUGGUGUGCCGGUCGAUUCCUCGUACAUGAUGGCGAACAGCGGUUACAUGCAUCAAGAGGACAUAUUCGUCGAAACUAUGACUGUGAUCGAGCACCUCUGGUUCAUGGCUCGAAUGAAAUUACACGGGAGGACACACGUGUUCGAGAUUCAGGACAAGAUCGAUCGUCUGCUGCGAAACGUUGGCUUAGAUGGGAGACGCAACGCGCGGAUCGGCAACGGUAUCGACGACAAAGUAUUAUCUGGCGGCGAGAAGAAGAGAUUGGCCUUUGCUACAGAACUACUGAUCGACCCGAAAAUACUGUUCCUGGACGAACCAACGACCGGCCAAGACUCGCAUUCCGCCAACUCUUUGAUCUCCCAGUUGAAGUGUUUCGCUACGAAAGGACGCAACACCGUGCUGUGCACCAUACACCAACCGAGCUCUGCUAUAUUCAAUUCUUUCGACCGUAUAAUAUUAAUCGUGGACGGACGGGUGGCGUUCGCCGGGCGCACGGAGCAGGCGGUGCAGUUUUUCGAAAGCCAGGGCUACGCGUGUCCUCGGAAUUACAAUCCCGCAGACUUCUUAAUAGCCAUAGUGGCCGCUGAAAAUGGGAGGGAAACUGCCCGGAAGGUGUGCGACUUGUUUUCGAGCAGCGAAGCUUCCAGCGAGAUUGAUCGCAUUCUGGAGAAGGACAUCCAGGUGGGAAGGUCGGAGCAGUCGAAGUCAACGGUGAGGCUGGUUAUCGAUAACUCUAUGGGGAGGAAAGAGCGUUGCUGCUCGAGACUUUAUUGGUUGAUCUAUCGAGAUUUCCUGCAGGUUUUGAGAGAUCCAUCGCUGCAGAUUAUCAGGAUCCUUCAGAAAGUGAGUGUCGCUUUACUCGCUGGACUAUGCUUCGUGGGUGCCGUGAAUUUCGAUCAGCUGGGAAUUCAAGCUACUCAGGGCGUUGUUUUCAUUUUGGUAUCUGAGAAUGCUUUUUUUCCAAUGUACGCUACGCUUGCCCUGAUCCCGCAACAACUGCCGCUCCUGCGAAGAGAGUAUCGUGCUGGAAUGUACCCGAUUCAUCUGUACUACAUUGCACGAAUACUUUCGUUGGUGCCUGGACUGAUAGUCGAGCUACUGGUCUUCACUUCGAUAAUAUACUGGUUGGCAGGAUUACGGAACAGUGUGGAAGCAUUCGGAUUCACCUUACUCGUGAUCCUACUUACGAUAAACGUGUCAACUGCUUGUGGUUGUUUUUUCUCAACGGCAUUUGAAAAUGUACCAUUGGCAAUGGCAUACCUGGUGCCUUUCGAUUAUGUCCUCAUGGUAACUAUGGGUCCAUUCCUGAAGCUGGGGUCCCUGCCAAUAUACAUCCGCUGGGUGAGAUAUGUUUCCUGGCUCCUGUACUCGAACGAAGCGCUUACCAUACUUCAGUGGAGUGGAGUACACAAUAUAUCUUGCGAGACAGUGGAUUCCGAGCUACCCUGCAUCACUGAAGGUCUUGGAGUACUGCACCAAUACGAUUUCGACGAAUCUAACUUCUGGACCGACAUGUUGCUCAUGAUCCUGAUGUACCUUGUAUUCCACGUUCUUGGCUACGUUUGUCUCUGGAAUCGUUGUAGAUUAAAAUGAACGUUAAUACCUUGGAUGCGUCUAUCGUAUUUUGUAUGGUACUCUCACCUGCAUAACCUAAAAUCGGGACUGUCACCCGGCACUGAUCCUGCAGACCGGAUCGAAUACUAAUCGCGAGAUACUGUGGUAUCUGACGAGUAACGAGUAAUAUGUGAUAAGCAUUGACAUAUGUAUGUAUUUUUUAAUAUGUAUCAUGGAAAACACGAUAAAGUAACGGGCAGUUACCUGUACAACCU